AUGAGUACUCCAUUUGGUUUAGAUCUAGGUAACAACAACUCUGUCUUGGCCGUUGCCAAGAACAGAGGUAUUGACAUUGUGGUCAACGAGGUUUCCAACCGUUCGACUCCCUCUGUCGUUGGGUUUGGCCAAAAGAACAGAUUUUUGGGUGAAACCGGUAAGAGUAAGCAAACUUCCAACAUCAAGAACACUGUUGACAACUUGAAGAGAAUUGUUGGUCUGGAUUUUGACGACAAAGAUUUCCCCACUGAGGCCAAGUACAUCUCAUCAAAGCUUGUGAAGUUGGAUGACGGGAAAGUUGGUGCCCAAGUGAAGUUGGCUGGUGAACAGCAGACUUUUUCUGCCACGCAGCUUGCUGCCAUGUACAUCGACAAGGUCAAGCACACCGUCAUUGAGGAGACCAAGUCUACCGUCACCGAUGUCUGUGUUGCCGUCCCAGUGUGGUACACCGAGGAACAACGUUACACGAUUGCCGAUGCGUCCAGAAUCGCCGGUUUGAACCCAGUCAGAAUCGUUAACGACGUUACUGCCGCAGGUGUCUCCUACGGUAUUUUCAAGACUGACUUGCCAGAGGGCGAGGAGAAGCCAAGAAUUGUCGCUUUCGUCGACAUUGGUCACUCCACGUACACUUGCUCGAUCAUGUCCUUCAAGAAGGGUGAGUUGAAGGUGCUGGGCACCGCUUACGACAAGCAUUUCGGUGGUAGAGACUUUGACCGUGCCAUCACCGAACAUUUCGCAGACGAGUUCAAGAGCAAGUACAAGAUCGACAUCAGAGAGAACGCCAAGGCGUACAACAGAGUUUUGCUUGCCGCUGAAAAAUUGAAGAAAGUGUUGUCCGCCAACACCGCCGCGCCAAUCUCCAUCGAAUCCGUCAUGAACGACGUCGACUGCUCCUCGCAGAUGACCCGUGAAGAAUUGGAGGAAUUGGUCAAGCCACUGUUGGAGCGUGUCACUGAACCAGUCACCAAGGCGUUGGCCCAGGCCAAGUUAUCCGUCGACGAUGUGGACUUCAUCGAAAUAAUUGGUGGUACCACUCGUAUCCCAACUUUGAAGCAGUCCAUUUCUGACGCAUUCGGGAAGCCAUUGUCCACCACUUUGAACCAGGACGAGGCCAUUGCCAAGGGUGCCGCCUUCAUCUGUGCCAUCCACUCCCCAACUUUGAGAGUCAGACCAUUCAAGUUCGAAGACAUCCACCCAUACUCCGUCUCCUACUUCUGGGACAAGCAAGCCGAGGACGAGGACCACUUGGAGGUCUUCCCAGCUAACUCCGGCUACCCAUCCACCAAGAUGAUCACCCUAUACAGAACAGGCGACUUUGCCAUGUCGGCUAAGUACACCAACCUUACUGAGCUGCCAGAGGGCACCAAGGAAACUAUCGCUGAAUGGAAGAUUACUGGUGUUCAAUUGCCUGAAGGUCAAGAGUCCGUCCCAGUCAAAUUGAAGUUGAGAUGUGACCCAUCAGGUCUACACACCAUCGAAGAUGCGUACACUUUGGAAGACAUAGUCGUCAAGGAGGAAAUUCCAUUGCCUGAGGACGCCGCAGAGGACGCAGAGCCAGAGUACAAGGAGGUCACCAAGACCGUCAAGAAGGACUCCUUGGAGAUCACUGCUCACACUUUCGCCCUAAGCGAUAAGGACUUGAACGUUUUGAUCGAGAAGGAAAACGAGAUGACCGCCCAGGACAAGCUUGUUGCUGAGACUGAAGACCGUAAGAACGCUUUGGAAGAGUACAUCUACACGCUUCGUGGUAAGCUGGACGAGGAGUACGCUGACUUUGCUUCCGAUGCGGAAAAAACCAAGUUGAAAGACAUGUUGGCCAAGACCGAAGAGUGGCUAUACGAUGACGGUUUCGACUCCAUCAAGGCCAAGUACAUCGCCAAGUACGAAGAGUUGGCUGCCUUGGGUAACCUUGUUAAGGGUAGAUACCAGGCCAAGGAGGAGGAGAAGAGACAGGCUUUGAGAUCGAAGAACGAGGCCUCCCAGAUGGCUGACUUGUCUGCCAAACUUGCUGAACAGAGAAAGGCCGAAGCCAACACCAAGAAGGAUGCCGAAGGUGACGUCGACCUAGACUAA